AUGACAGAUUUCCCUACCCUUUCAUAUACCUCAACUAAUGACAUCCCUACCCUGUUCAGUAGAUACCUGAAGCCUGAAAAAGAUAUAAUUCCAACCCACUGGAGUGUCAUUGUAGGUGAAGACAGUUUGAUGGUGAACGGGUCUCUCAAGCGAAGCUUAGAAAUCUCCAACAUUCUGAUUCACCCAGAGUACAAACCUAAUGCUCCAACUUAUAGCUUUCCCUCAGACUUUGAUGUCGAUAUAAUUCCAACCCACUGGAGUGUCAUUGUAGGUGAAGACAGUUUGAUGGUGAACGGGUCUCUCAAGCGAAGCUUAGAAAUCUCCAACAUUCUGAUUCACCCAGAGUACAAACCUAAUGCUCCAACUUAUAGCUUUCCCUCAGACUUUGAUGUCGCCAUGGUUCUCUUGAAACAGACUUUGCCAUUAACAAACUGUUCGUUUCCGAUUUGCCUGCUUCCAAGCGGAGCAAGUUUUAUCCCAGGCACUGCAUGUCACGUCACCGGCUGGGGAAGACUAGCCUCCAAUGGACCACAUCCGUCAAUUCUUCUCGAGGCCAAGGUUCCCCUCGUUUCCAGAGAGUUGUGUAAUAUCCCGGAGAUAUACGACGGCAUCAUACACGAAAGAGCUCUCUGCGCAGGUCCGGCCGAGGGGGGAGUGGGGCCGUGUCAAUUCGAUAGUGGAGGACCGUUGGCCUGCCAAGAGCGUGGAGUCUGGUUCCUGACUGGGAUUGUUUCAUGGGGUGUAGGGUGCGGAGAGCCUAAUAAAUUUGGUGUGUAUAGUGACAUGAGCGUGCUCUCUGAUUGGGUGAGAGAUAUGAUUGACACUGGUGGAGAAUUCAGUAAAUGA